CUGGCUUCUGUACAGUGAAUAGGAAGAAGCUGCUGCCUGAGGCCAACAACAGAACCCUAUGGAUAAGGUGUAACUGGAUCAAUAGGAGAGUCAUGAUGAAGCUGCCAUCUGCUCCGGAAUGAAAUCAAAUGCAGAGAUGAAGAAACACUUUAAAAGGUGCAGACCCCCAGAUUGAGGAGAUUUCUGCAGCUUUUUAUCCGAAGCAAGUUCUCAUUAUUUGAAGCCAUGAUAACUGUGACAGAGCUGAGAUUUUUGGCCGAUGCUCAAACAUCUUAUCAUAUUUUGAAGCCGUGGUGGGAUGUGUUUUGGUAUUAUAUCACAAUGGUAAUGUUGAUGAUUGCUGUUCUAGCUGGUGCACUGCAGCUUACACAGAGCAGGAUGUUAUGCCUUCCGUGUAAGGCGGAAGCAGACAAUCACUGUGUUCACCCACUGGAGCAAGUCAUCACAAAGAUCAACUUAUCAGCUGGUCCCCUAGGAAAAACAAACCACCCCGCUGGAAUUCAAAAUGAUCUCCACAGACAACAAUAUGCUUAUAUCGAUGCAGUGUGUUAUGAGAAACAACUCCACUGGUUUGCAAAAUUUUUUCCUUAUCUUGUGUUUCUGCACACUAUAAUCUUUGCAAUUUGUAGCAACUUCUGGCUUCACUACCCAAGCACAAGUUCCAGAUUGGAACAUUUUGUAGCCAUCCUUUAUAAAUGUUUUGAUUCACCAUGGACAACGAGGGCUCUGUCUGAGACUGUUGCUGAGCAAACCGUAAAAAUGCAAAUACGCAAAAGAUCACGGCUCUUGACAUCGUCUUCAUACAGUGCAGAAGACGAUGCAACCAAACAGUCUCUGCAGCCAGGAGUUGAGACGACGACAGUGGAAGAUGAUGCCUCAAGUGUUCUAGACAAAAAAGAAGGUGAACAAGCCAAAGCCUUGUUUGAGAAAGUGCGCAGGUUCAGACUUCACGUGGAACAAAAGGACAUUAUAUAUAGAUUGUAUAUGAAGCAAAUUGUGGUUAAAGUAAUAGCGCUGCUCGUAAUUAUUACAUACGUAUCUUAUUUUUUGACACAUAUAACAUUUGAAAUUGACUGCAUUGUUGACAUUGAAGCUUUUACUGGCUACAAGAGGUACCAAUGUGUUUACUCUCUUGCUGCAAUUUUUAAAGUUUUGGCUACAUUUUAUGUUCUUCUUGUAUUUUUGUAUGGCUUUGCCUGCUUUUAUAGUUUGUGGUGGAUGCUAAGAAGUUCUCUUAAACAAUAUUCUUUUGAAGCCGUGAGAGAAAAAAGCAAUUACAGUGAUAUCCCUGAUGUCCAAAAUGACUUUGCCUUCAUUCUCCACUUGGCAGACCAGUAUGAUCCACUGUACGCUAAACGGUUCUCAAUAUUUUUGUCCGAGGUUAGUGAGAACAAACUGAAACAGAUCAAUCUCAACAAUGAAUGGACUGUAGACAUGCUUAGAAAUAAAUUAACACGAAAUUCCAAGGACAACAUAGAACUUCAUCUUUUUAUGUUGAGUGGGGUACCAGACAAUGUCUUUGAACUCAAUGAAAUUGAAGUUCUGCGCUUAGAGCUUAUCACAGAUGCCAAACUUACCCCAGUGAUAACCCAGCUAGUCAACCUUAAGGAACUUCAUGUGUAUCACUCAACACUUACUGUGGAUCUACAGGCCCUGAGUUUUUUAGCCGAGAACUUGGAAAGAUUGCAUUUGAAAUUUACUGCAAUGGAAAAGAUCCCAUCUUGGGUUUUCUUUUUAAAAAAUUUAAAAGAGCUUCAUAUCGCAGGAUCUCUUGAUAAUUACAGUACUACCUGCAUUGAUGGUCUUCAGGAACUAAAGAAUCUGACAUCGCUGUAUUUGAAGAGUAGCAUUCCCCGCAUUCCAGAAGUGGUUACGGACCUGUUGCCCUCACUGGAGAAGCUGUCCAUCAAUAAUGAAGGAAAUAAACUGAUGAUCUUAAUUAGUUUAAAAAGGAUGAUAAACCUCACAUGUUUAGAACUGGUCAGCUGUGACUUAGAACGUAUUCCACAUUCUAUUUUCAGUCUGAGUGAACUGCGAGAAAUAGACUUCCGAGGAAAUAAUUUUAAAACAGUUGAAGAAAUAAUUAGCUUUCAGCAUCUACAGAAACUGACCUCUUUGAAGUUGUGGCAUAAUUCCAUUGCCUAUAUUCCACUUCAGAUAGGUGCUUUGGCAAGUCUAGAACAACUCUAUUUAAAUAACAAUAACAUUGAAAUUCUACCACUUCAGCUUUUCCUCUGCAGCAAGCUGCGGGUUUUAGAUUUGAGCUAUAACAAUUUAUCAUUUAUUCCUGAAGAAAUCCAGCUUUUGAAGAAUCUUCAGUAUUUUGCUGUGACAAAAAACAGUAUUGACCUGCUUCCGGAUGGAUUGUUUAAGUGCACUAAACUUCAGUAUUUAUUUGUUGGGAAAAACAGCCUGAUGACCCUCUCCUCUCAAGUUGGUGACCUGUUGAACCUCAUUAAAAUAGAACUUAUUGGAAAUCAAUUAGAAGCCCUCCCCCCUGAGCUUGAAUCAUGCCAGUCAUUAAAACCGAGCUGUAUUAUUGUGGAAAAUAACGUGUUGCGCACUCUACCGUCCUAUGCAAAAGAGAAUGGGAAAGCACCCCAAAGACAGAUGUGAUUUAGCAGAGUUCCACCACUAUUCAUUGCAUUCUUUAUGAGAAAUAUAGAGAAGGCAAAACUGAGGUUUAAUUCAAUAAACUGCCUGUUUAUGUAUGUGUACAUGUCUGCAAAAUCAAUGUUUUUUUUGUUAUGUAUGAAAACCACUUCUAAGCCAAGAAUUCUGCACAAAAAGUUUAUGGGGAAACUCAAGCAAAAUGUGAAAUGGCAUGAAGACACUUUGAAGAAUAGGUUUGCAGUGGUGGUGGUUGGUCUAGACCCCUCCAUUCAGUAGAGUAAUUGGCUGUUAUAUACCGCAUCUUGGUAUAGUAACAAAGGGUAACUUAAUUCUUUAGAUGGUAAUUCAAGAAGUUGGGGAUUUUUAUGAUGUACUGUUUUCUUUUGGCAUACACUUUGUAACAUUUUAGACAUUACAUACAUUUUGUAAGUGUUUAUCUAUGUACUAUGAAUGUAUUUUCUUUUACAAAGUUGGCUAUCCUGGCCAUGGACCUCUUUGUUUAGUUGCAAGACUUUCCUAAUGAGCAAGUAAGUAGAAACCGGAUUCCAGACGUAUCCUGUAUUAAUUAAUAUUUGUGAUGCAUUAGAAGUGUACUGUAAGCGAAUGUAUCCGAAACCUGCCAAGGCUGCUGUAUACACCAUUUCUAAGAAACUACACGGCUUGCUUUACUGACGUAAAACACAGUUGAAGGGACACCCUAGGCAACAACACCACUUUAACUUAAUGAAGUGGUUUUAGUGUGUAGAUGCUGUCCCUAGUUUUCAACAGUGUAAAACAGUGCUGUGUAUGGUGAGGGUUACAGUCUGUGGGGGGUGCCAUUGUAUGAGCAGGAGUGUGGAGGGAGGGGGGGGGGUG